AUGGCUCAAUCGGCGACGGCCCAAAGCCACUCCACCCAUGAUCCCGUGGUCGACAUGGCGCCACCACCUCUCACCACCGUGCCACCUACUGGACUCGCAGCCAUGACCAUGGCUCCGGCCACCCGGUUUGCGGAGCCAUUGACAAGUGGUGACUAUCCACAAAGCAUGUCUUUUGUUGGAAGUCGAUUACCAAAAUUCACAGAACAACAAUCAAAGUUGUUGAUUGGGUCAUUUGAUUUUCUUGGACUAAAUUAUUAUGCUGGUUACUAUGCAAGCGAUGCACCGCAGAAUAACUCUGUAUAUGCAAGCUACAUAACAGAUGCUCGUGUUAAUCUUUCAUCUGAGCGUAACGGGGUCCCUAUUGGUCCAAAGGGUGCUUCGAACUGGCUAAAUGUUUAUCCAAGAGGAAUUCAAGAUCUUUUACUCUACACAAAGAAGAAGUAUCAUGAUCCACUCAUUUACGUUACUGAGAAUGGUGUGGAUGAGUCCAAUGAUCCCAAAUUAUCACUUGCGGAAGCCCUUAAUGAUACUCAUAGAGUUGACUACUACAAUCGUCAUCUCUAUUAUGUUCAAAGUGCAAUUGAAAAUGGUGUCAAAGUGAAGGGAUAUUUUCCGUGGUCAUUGCUAGACAACUUUGAAUGGAGUUCUGGAUACAAUGUUCGAUUUGGUAUCACCUAUGUAGAUUACAAUGACAAGUUGAAAAGGCACCCAAAACUCUCGGCACAAUGGUUCAAAAGCUUCCUUAAGAAGUAUUGA